CCUUCAGUUUCUCUCUUGCCAAUAGUCCAUAGCCCUCACGAGAGAUGGAUCCCACUCCUCCUCUUCCUACCCCAAAGCUUUUUGAUCUAUCAGGCAAAAAUGUCCUCCUGACCGGUGGCACGAGAGGCAUAGGAGCCGCAUGCGCAAAAGCGCUCGCAGAGGCCGGUGCGUCUCUGUGCCUCGUACUCCGCGAACCAGCAGAGGGCGCGGACCCCAACCUGGCCACCAUUCACACCCUUCGGGCCUUGGGUGCCGUCGCCGAAUACGUUUUCUGCGACCUGAGCGACCUAGAUGCCGUAAAGGGUCUCUUCCAGAAAGCCUUGGACAAGAUGGGAGGCCAAAUACACGUUCUUGUCAACUGCGCCGGAAUACAACGGAGAUCACCGAGUGUAGACUUCUCUGAAGGCGACUGGGACGACGUCUUGAAUGUCAAUCUGAAGUCCGUUUGGCUCCUCUCACAAGCGGCUGGCCGGCACAUGGUAUCGCUGCGUCGGGGAAAAAUCAUCAAUUUUUGCUCGCUUUUAACUUACCAGGGGGGCUUGACCGUGCCGGCCUACGCUGCUGCCAAAGGCGCGCUCGGUCAGGUCACUAAGGCCCUCAGCAACGAAUGGAGCAAGGAGAACGUGCAGGUUAACGGCAUCGUACCAGGGUACAUUGCCACAGACAUGAACGAGAAGCUCUUAGCCGAUCCGGUCCGUCUCCGCCAGAUAUCAGAACGUAUUCCUGCGGGCCGAUGGGGCGAACCGAAGGAUUUCGCGGGCCCUGUUGUGUUUCUCGCCAGUGGGGCGAGCCAGUAUGUCUGUGGCGAACUGCUCGUUGUUGAUGGAGGAUGGAUGGGUCGGUAGUCGUUACCAUUAUCACCGCCAGUGAUCGCGACGAAGAAUAAACAAGCAAAGAAAGGAGAUGCCGUUGUACGAUACACGUCGUAUGGUGUGUGAUGUAUUUUUGGUUUACUCCUCGGUCGUUCAUCUGUAUCCAAUUCAACGUUCUGCUACA